GGGUGCGGCCUGGGCACGCGCACACACACGGUCACGCGCCUAGCAGAGUUUUAUCCGAGUGGGAUUCCGCCUCUUCUCGCCUGAUUCGGUCCUUCCCCUCCUCUCUUCUCCAGCGGCCGGUUGUAUUUCUCCUCUUCGCCUGACGGCUGUUACUCGGCGAUCUUCUUCUUCCGCACAACAAAUACCCAGAACCGACAAAAUGGCCGCCAGAGGAACCGUUAAACCCAGUCAGAACUUCAAUGCCACUCAAGAUGCCGAGGUUCUGUACAAGGCCAUGAAAGGGAUUGGGACCGAUGAGGACGCCAUCUUGCAGUUGUUGGUGGCUCGCAGCAACGCCCAGAGGCAGCAGAUCAAGGUCGCCUACAAAACUCAAUUUGGAAAGGAUCUGGUAGACACCCUGAAGGGAGAGCUGGGCGGUAAAUUCGAGACCCUGAUCGUGGGACUGAUGGCCGCGCCCCUCGCUUAUGACGUGUCGGCGCUCCGCAACGCCAUCAAGGGAGCAGGAACCGACGAGAAGGUCCUCGUGGAGAUCCUCGCCUCCAGAACCCCUCAGCAGGUGAAGGAAAUCGUUGCUGCUUAUAGAAAAGAGUAUGAUGACGACCUGGAGGAAGAUAUAUCUGGUGACACUUCAGGCCAUUUCAAGAGACUCUUGGUUAUUCUGCUGCAGGGGAACAGGCAGAGUGGCGUCCAGGGGGGAAACGUCGAGGCCGACGCUCAGGUCCUCUUCAAGGCCGGGGAGCAGAAGUUCGGCACCGACGAGCAAACGUUUGUCACCAUCCUGGGAAACCGCAGUGCGGAGCAUCUUAGGAAAGUAUUUGAUGCCUACAUGAAGUUGGCCGGAUUCGAGAUGGAGGAGAGCAUCAAGAGAGAAACAUCCGGAGGCCUGAGGGACCUGCUUCUGGCCGUCGUGAAGUGUGCCAGGAGCGUUCCAACCUAUUUUGCUGAGACUCUGUACUACGCAAUGAAGGGGGCAGGAACCGAUGAUGACACCCUGAUCAGAGUGAUGGUGACGCGCAGUGAGGUGGACCUGUUCGACGUCAGAACUGAGUUCAGGAAAUUGUUUGCCUGCUCCCUGUUUUCCAUGAUCAAGGGAGAUACCGGCGGCGACUACCGAAAGGCCCUGCUAUUGCUCUGUGGUGGAGAUGAUGCGUAACCCGGGAAACAAGCAAUAAAACAGGAAUCACACCUGAAGUGCCUCGUGUCCAAGUCGGCCUUUUUUUUUUUUUUUUUUUUUUUUUGGGCCGUCUGCUCAAUGAAACAAGAAGCUAACACACAAUGUGCAAAACAAUAAAACGUUCUUGCACGUGAGCGACGGCCCAUCAGGCCUUUUGAAGUAUGAAUCCAAAUAAUUUCUUUGGAAGGUAGCUAACACUUAAUACAGCUUAUGGCGACUAAUAUCUUAAAUAUAAAAAAUAUAUAUCUUUAAUUUGUAAUACGAAGGUUUGUUUUGUUAGCUCGUUGUAUGGCAGAAACAAUAAAUGCAUGAAUAAAUAUUGUAACUGAUGAAGUA